GUCCGUGUGGACCGUGCUGGUAUAUCAGUUAGUCAUACAUAGCUUGGUAACCUCUGCACUCGCGCUUUCUCUAUAUAUUCUAGCUAUCCAUGUUAAGUGUCCUUACCUCCUUCCUGUGUUUUCUAUGUGCGGCGCUGAGGACGGCUCAAAUUUAUGAUGCUCACAACCCUCUUUGCCGAGACAUAUUGAGGCCAAAUAACAACAUGGACUUAGCAAGUCUCACCGCAGUGUGGUGGGCUGUGGCUCUUCUUUUCAUCACCGUGUUAGUCACCAAGAUUUCAAGAGCAAGAGUCACCACCGUUGAUCUACAUCGUACAACAGGUCAACUUCCUCCCCUGGUGAAUGGAGUUGCUCUCCUAAAACUAUUACCUACCCUUUUGAACAAGGGUCUACCGGCAAUGGUGAAUGAUCUAUAUGUCAAAUAUGGCAGUGUAUUCAUGGUAAGUUCAUUUGGAGUGAAGGUAACACUCUUGAUCGGGCCAGAGGUGACGGCUCAUUUCUUCCAAGGUCUGGAGUCGGAGAUUAGCCACGGUAAUCUGUUUGAGUUCACUGUGCCCAUGUUUGGUGAAGCAGUGGGUUAUGGCAGAGAUACCGCCACCCGAACUGAACAAAUGCGCUUCCAUAUCGAAGCACUGAGACCAUCAAGGUUGAGGAGCCAUGUUUAUCCCAUGCUUCAAGAAGUGGAGGGUUACUUUGCAAAAUGGGGAGAGGAAGGCAUUGUUGAUCUAAAGCUUGAGUUCGAGAAGUUACUCAUGUUGAUCUCAAGCAGAUGUUUGCUCGGAAAAGAGGUUCGGGAGAACAUGUUUGAUGAAGUCUACACACUUUUUCACGAGAUUGAAGAUAAUGGUGUGACCUUGAUUAGCUUCUUGUUCCCAUAUCUCCCAACUCCAGCAAACCGGAAGCGAGAUAAAGCACGCAUCAGGCUAACACAAAUCCUUUCUGAUGUCGUCGAUUCCCGUAAGAACUCCGGCAGAGUUGAGGAUGAUACAUUGCAGAAAUUGAUCGACUCUAAGUACAAAGAUGGUCGCCCUACAACGGUAGAAGAGGUAGUCGGGCUAAUCAUUGGCCUGUUGUUUGCUGGAAAACACACCAGCUCUCACACUAGUACUUGGACUGCAGCUUGUUUACUCAGCCAUCCAACUUUCUUGAGAGCUGCCAUUGAGGAGCAACAACAAAUCAGUAGCAAAUACAAGGACAUGGGGCUAGACUACAAUGCAUUUAUAGAGAUGGAUACACUACAUAGAUGCAUCAAGGAGGCGCUAAGGAAGCAUCCUCCAACACCAAUGCUGGUCCGCAGGGCACAUAAGCAAUUCAUGGUGAAGACGAAAGAGGGCAAAGAAUAUGACAUCCCGCAAGACCACAUCGUAGCAACUCCUACUAUAGUGACUAAUAACAUCUCUUAUAUCUAUAAGGACCCUCAGGUAUAUGAUCCAUGCCGGUUUGGCCCCGAAAGAAGAGAGGACAAAGUUGGUGGCAAGUUCUCUUACACGUCAUUUAGUGGUGGAAGACACAUUUGCACCGGGGAGGCCUAUGCUUACAUGCAACUUAAAGUGAUAUGGAGCCAUUUGCUGAGGAACUUUGAGCUCGAAUUGAUCUCCCCUUUCCCCAAGACAGACUGGAGCAAGUUCUUGCCAGAGCCACAAGGAAAACUACUCGUAAAAUAUAAGAGGAAUGGCAUUUUGCAGUCACUUAAUUAGUUGAUCUACUGCAACCUAUAUGUGUAUAUGUACGCUUACUUCUGUGUAAUAUCAACGCAAUCGUGUUUGGAUGCCACAUUUAGUGGCGGACUUGGCUUUGAGUGCCAGUAGUUCCGUACCCACAAUUAUGUUCAUCAAGAAAUAAAUACAUAGUCUUGGUUGGUUUCUAUGUCAUCCGUCCUUUUGUGUCCUUCCACUACUUUUUUCUGUUGCAUUUGAAAAGAUUCCUGGUUGGCAGACUUUGUGAGGCUUGCACUAAAUGGAGUAUUCACCCCUAAAAAAACCAAAUGGAGUACUCACUAUUCACUACUGAAAUGGCCUGGAUUGGUAGUGCGUCCUGUUGGACACUCGGCAAAGGCCUCAUAAACCGACUGCAAAAAAAAUGCCCUCGGCUAAGGCUGGACACUCGGCAAAGCCUGUUCUUUGACAAGUGCCAUUCAGAAAGCACUCGGCAAAGACCUUGACACGUAUGGUGGCCUUCAUCUGAAAAGGAUAUUCCUACCAUGCAUCUGUGAUCUUUUGUCAGUAAUAGCAUAAUCUGUAGCAGUGUGCGCGUUUCAAGUUCUUGUUGAAAACCACGGCCUCUUUCUCCCGAUUAUUUUUUGAAUUUUUCUAGUAUUUAUUUUGAUUUUUUUUCUGAGCGGGAGCAGAUGAGCCUGGGCACCGAGUUGGAUUUCCGACCAAAGAGGACCUUCCUUACAAAAAGGGCCACUGAUUAUUUACACACACACACACACAGAGAGAGAGAGAGAGAGAGAGAGAGAGAGAGAGAAUAUUUUGCUAGUUAAAUUCAUAGUCAAAACUACAAACCACAAGCGAGGGAGUAGUAUUUUGUCUGGUAGUCAUUGCCAGACCCAGACUAUUAGGUUGCAAACUCCAACUCGGGCACGAAACCAUGGAUUACGACUAGCUAGGACUUGACGUUCCAUACGUGGGGAGUACAGCAGCACUGGUAAAAGACAGCACGCUAUGUACUCAAAAGUCGAAGAUAUUUCCAACCAAGAAGAACCAACGGUCGGGCUCGGGCAUUAGUCACAGUGUGGCUGCUAGCUAGGAGUAGCUGUAAUUGAUGUUGGACUUCCCAGACUGCACUCACUCACUCUCUCUGUAUAUAUUCUAUAUAUCGAUGUUCAUAUCCUUAGUUGCCUUCCUGCGUGUUACUCCGCACAGAUCUCGCACUCACUCACUGCUAGUUAGCUAGCUAGCAGAGAUUGCAGCCCUAAUUUGAUGAUAGUGCAGACAUACCAUUUAACUAGCUACUAGCUAGUACGUGAAAGAGACGAAUAAGCUUCUACGUAUUGAGGUCAAAUAAACAUCAUCAUGGACUUGACAAGUCUCACUGCCAUGUGGUGGGCCAUAGCUCUUCUUUUCAUUACUGUAUUGGCCACCAAGAUCACAAGAGCAAGAAUCACCAACAUUGAUCCACAGCGUACAACAGGCCAACUUCCACCCAUGGUGAAUGGACUUGCUCUCCUAGGAUUAUUACCUACCCUUCUGAAGAAGGGUCUACCACCUAUGGUCAAUUAUCUAUAUGUUAACUAUGGCAGUGUCUUCACUGUAAGUUGCUUUGGAGUGAUCAAGGUAACACUCUUGAUCGGGCCAGAGGCGACGACUCAUUUCUUCCAAGGUUUGGAGUCAGAGAUUAGCCAUGGUAAUCUGCUUGAGUUCACAGUGCCCAUGUUUGGCAAGGCAGUUGGUUAUGGUAGAGAUACCGCCACCCGAAUGGAACAAAUGCGCUUCCACAGUGAAGCACUGAGGGCAUCCAGGUUAAGGAGCCAUGUUUCUCCAAUGCUUCAAGAAGUGGAGGAUUUCUUUGCAAAGUGGGGAGAGAAAGGCGUAGUUGAUCUAAAGCUUGAGUUCGAGCAGCUACUUAUGUUGAUAUCAGGCUGAUGUUUGCUUGGAAAAGAGGUCCGGGAGAAUAUGUUUGAUGAAGUCUACACACUUUUUCGCGAGAUCGAAAAGGGUGUGACCUUGAUCAGCUUCUUGUUCCCAUAUCUCCCAACUCCAGCAAACUGGCAGCGUGAUAGGGCGCGUAUAAGGCUAACAGAGAUCCUCUCUAAUGUUGUCGAGUCCCGUAAGAGCUCCGGGCGAGUGGAGGAGGACACGCUGCAGAAACUGAUUGACUCCAAGUACAAAGAUGGUCGCCCUACAACAGUAGAAGAGGUAGUCGGGUUGAUCAUUGGCUUGCUGUUUGCUGGAAAACACACCAGCUCUCAUACUAGUACUUGGACUGGAGCUCGUCUUCUCAGCCAUCCAGCCUUCUUAAGAGCUGCCAUUGAGGAGCAACAUCAAGUCGCCAAGAAAUACAAGGACGGACUAGAAUACAAUGCCUUCUUAGAGAUGGAUACGCUGCAUAAUUGCAUCAAGGAGGCGCUGCGGAAGAACCCUGCGACACCACUGCUGGUUCGCAGGGUCCAUAAGCGCUUCACGGUGCAGACGAAAGAAGGCCAACAAUAUGACAUCCCGCAGGACUACAUCGUAGCAACUCCUACUAUAGUAAACAACAAUAUCCCUUACAUUUAUACGGACCCUCAGGUGUAUGAUCCAAAUCGGUUUGGCCCCGAAAGAAGAGAGGACAAAGUGGGUGGCAAGUUCUCUUACACAUCAUUUGGUGGUGGAAGGCACGUUUGCACCGGAGAGGCUUAUGCUUACAUGCAACUCAAAGUGAUAUGGAGCCAUUUGCUGAGGAACUUUGAUCUCGAAUUGGUCUCUCCCUUCCCUAACACAGACUGGAGCAAGUUCUUGCCAGAUCCACAGGGAAAAUUACUCGUGAGAUAUACGAGAAAUGGAAUUUAAUUUGCAGUCGCUUAACUAUGUGAUCUACUUCUACGUGUAUUCAUGCAAUCAAUAUGUACUGUAUGCAUAUGUCUUUUCAUAUGUGUAACCUACAAAAAAGCAUGUUUGUAUUUGUGUGAUGCAUACUUGUAUUGGGAGACAAUCAUGUUGCGUUGAGUAGCGGACUAGGGGUUGAGUAUGGUCAAUACCCACAACUAUGUCCAUAAUAAAUAAAUAAAUAUAUUGUGUUUGUUGCUUU